AUGAUGCUUGUGGCCUACACUUCAAUGGUGGACGAUGAGACCGCAAAAUUGUUCGUGUUCGCUUUCAUUUCUGCUAUGUUGUUGUGCAUCACCACGUGGUCCAAGCCCUAUUCCAACAAUCAAGGGCAAAUCUUGGACAUCUUGGAGACGAGUUUGCUGACAGCGCGCUUCGUGCUGUACUUCAUGGUGGCCAUGUUGCUCAUUCUCUUCCCUUCUCCAACGACAACGAGGAUGUGUGCCUACUUCGUGUUGGUGAUGCUCGCUUCUGUGUUUGCCUUUGCCCUUUUGCAUAUAUUUGCGCAGAUUCUUCGACAGCAGAAACACAACUUGGCCGAAGAGGAGGAUAAAGAAGCAGAAGUGGAAGACAGUGAGGAGAUAAUGGCCAAGAAGACAACUACGCAAAGAGUUGCAGGUCAAAUUCAGGUAUUCAAGCUCACCAUAGUGGAGAAGGUCAUUCCCUUUUUUCAAGAGGACGAUGCAGAGAAAUGGAUUUUGUCGUGGUCCCCUGCCUCUGGAGUCCCAAGCCGUGUGACUGCAUCCCGAAAGUCUGCACGGCGGACUGGACGCCAAAGUUGGGCGAUGGAAGACUGUCAUGCACACAGCCCAGGCCCAGGCCUCUGGAGCAGAAUUCGGCCUGCCGUAUUGAAGGCGCGCGCCAUAUUUUUGAGGUUUGGAACCUCAGUGCAACGCUCUUCCGUCGUGCGGGCCUAUGAGGAGUUCCACUCUUUGUGGCUGGACCAGCUUGAGCAGAAUCACAUCCCCAAUGUUGGAACACUCUGCACACUGGUCGCCUCGCAUCAAACAUUGCCCAGCAAGGGAGAUGUUGGUGAAACCUGGAUCAAUGAAGCAAAGAAGGUGCUCGAAGAUUCAGAGCAAAAGUGGCGUUUACCUGCACAUGAAUUUACCGAGACUGUGCACCGACUACGUUCUCUUCCGAUCCAGCAAGCCCUCAACCUUGUCAAGGCCAUUGACAGAUUUUUUGCCAUGCAGGAUUUCCACACGGAGGCUAAUGCAAGACGGAAAUCCAAGGAAUCCAAUCCAACGCUGCUCUACAUUCAAGCGAAGGAUGGUGGAAGCCCCGAAGUGGUUGAAACGCUGCCCUACAUUCCCACCGAGGAUGGUGGAAGACACGAAGUGGUAGAAACGCUCCCCUACAUUCCCACCGAGGACAAAGAUGAUCUCAUAGACAGCUUGACGAAACUGCCACUUGAACCGUUUCGACAUGUUUGGGUUUUACAUCAAGGGCAAAACUUUUGUCCAGAUCGCCAUGUUAUGGUUUUGUCGAAUGCCGUUCUUGUAACUUAUUUGUUCAGUCUAUAG